CACAAUACCGUAUAUGGGUUCCACAUUUUCUAUUGUGCCUCAUUGUGCAUUAAGUAAUGACUCACUGUGCUAUUUCCAGGAGAUGUGAACAAAGAGUACCUGCAGGGAAGAGAGAGUCCUGACUUUGCACGUCCCAACAUGUCUCAGCUGAGGGUUGUGCUGCUGGGGAAGUCUGGAGAACUGAAGAGUAAAGUGGGGAACAUCAUCCUGCAGAAAGAGGCCCUUUCAGUGAAAGAUCAGUGUGAGAGAGUUCAAGGUCUGGUGAAUAGGAGGCCUGUGGCUCUGAUCAACACUCCAGACUUACUGGACACUGAGCUCCCUGACAGGACCUUAUUCUAUCAGAUAGAGAGAUGUGUUACCCUGUCUGCCCCAGGUCCUCAUGCAUUCCUGCUGGUGCUGGAGAAUGGCAACAUUACAUCUGAGGGGAAAAAAAGAUUUGAGAGAAUCCUGCACUCUUUCAGUCCUGACGCCUUCAUGUACUCAAUGGUACUGACCACACAGGGGAGUAAAAUAACUCUCUUUGACCUGUCUUAUACCCACAUUCUGCAAAUGUGUAGUGGAAGGUGUUACAAGUUUCACAACACAGAUGAGACUAAUUACACCCAGGUUACUGAACUAAUGGAGAAAAUAGAGCAGAUGGUGGGGGAGAAUGGAGGAGGUUUCCUCAGCUGUGAGAUGUUCAAGGAGCCAGAAUCAGUCAUGGUUCGAGAGCUGGAGGCCAGGCACAAGACUGAGCUGGAGGAGAAGGACAGGAAGAUCAGAGAAUUAGAAGAACGUAUUAAGGGCACAUCACAGGGCGCUGGGGGUAAAGACCAGAGCUCUGAUUGUGUGAGGAUAGUGCUCGUGGGGAAGACAGGAAAUGGGAAAAGUGCCACAGGAAACACCAUACUGCAGAGGGAGGAGUUCCAGUCGCAUAUCAGUAUGAAAUCAGUGACGACCUGCUGUAAGAAAGGAGAAGGGGAAGUAGCUGGCAGGCGUGUUGCUGUAGUUGACACGCCGGGUCUCUUUGACGCAUCAUUUUCAGAUGAGAAGAUCCAGCAGGAAAUAGCCAAAUGCAUCUCCUUGUUGGCCCCAGGACCUCAUGUGUUUCUCCUAGUGCUACAGAUUGGAAGAAUCACAGAGGAGGAGAAGUACACAUUGCAGCUCAUUAAGAGCACCUUUGGUAAAGCGGCUGAAAUGUUCACCAUAGUCAUAUUCACAAGAGGGGAUGAUCUUAGAAAUGAAUCCAUUGAAAGUUUCAUUCAACAAGGUGACCCUGUAAUCCACAAUCUGAUUCAAGACUGUGGAAACAGGUUUCAUGUCUUCAAUAAUAAUGACAUGAGCAAUUGUACCCAAGUGUCUGAGCUGCUGGAUAAAAUAGACGUGAUGGUUCAGAGGAAUGGAGGAGGCUGUUACACCAAUGAGAUGUUCCAGGAGGCAGAAAGUACCAUAAGGAAAGAGUGCGAAAGAAUACUGAGUGAGAAAGAGGAAGAAAUGCAGAGAGAGAAAGAGAUGCUGGAGGCAAAACAUGAAGCAGAGAUGGAAGAGAUGAGGAGGAAGAUGGAAGAGCAGAGACACAAAGCAGAUGAAGAAAUAAUGCUUCGGGAAAAAAAGCUGAAAGACAAAGAAGAACAUUUAAGGAUGGAGCUAGAAGAGUGGAAGAAAAAAGAGAAGGAAAAAAAAGAGAGGAGAGACAGGGAAGACAUAAAGAGGAAGGCAGAACAAGAAUCAGAGUGGAAGGGCAAAAUAGGUGAGAUUGAGGAAAUGAAAAGGAGACUGGAAGAGGAGUUGAAAGAGAAGGGGAGGGUGGAAAGAGAGAGGAAACAGAGGGAAGAGCUGAUGGAAAAACAAAAAAGAGAAAAGAGAGAAUUCGAGGCAAGGCAAGCAGAAGAAAAGAAAAAGAGAGAAGGAGAGGAGCAGGAGAGGAAAAACAAUGAGGCGAGACAAAGACUUGAGUGGGAACAGAGAAUUAAAGAGGCAGAAAAUGAGAAAAAAGAGGUACAGGAAGACAUGAAGAAAAGAGCUAAGGAAUGGGAGCAGGAAAGGGAAAAGGAACAGAAAAGUAAAGAGGAAGAUGAGCAGUACAGGAGACAGAAAGAAGAGCAAGAGAGAAGAGAGUAUGCAUUGAAAGAACGCAAAAUGCGGGAAGAGUUUGAAAAAGCAAUGGAACAAGAAAGACAAAAGGGAGAGAAUGAAAGGAGAUCUAAAGAGCAACUAGAAAGGGAGCUUGAAGAAAAGCAAAGGCAGCUGAAAGAACAACAAGAGCAGUUGGACAAGGAAAGAAAAGAGGAGGCAGAGAGAAGAUCUAAGGAGGACGUAGAGAGAAAAGAGGAGGAGAGGAAAAGGCUGGAAUUGUUGCAGAAGGAACUUGAGAAGGAACGUGGAGAACUUCAGAAGAGUAAGAUUGAUGAAGAGGCUAGGAAAACAAAAGAAGCGAAAACAUUGAAAGUCAUGGAGGAAAGAUAUCAUAGAAUCAUUUUUGAAAAUAAUCGGAAACAUGAAGAAGCUGCUAGAAAAAAAGCAGAGGAAUUUAAUAACUUUAAGGAGGAACAGGGAAGAAAGCUAACUCAAUUACAAGAAGAGCUUCAGCACAAAACUGAACGUUAUGCAAAUGAAUUGCAGGAGAAAGACGCAAAAAUUCACAGAUUGGAAAGCAAAAAAUGUUUAAUAAUGUAGCGCUGAAACAGGCAUGUGUUCAUGUACUAGGCCAUGGAAUGUACAAUUACUUCUGUGUCGAUCAAGUUUUCCAUGUGGAAUGCUCCAAUGGACAGAAGACUGCCUUGUGAAAACAUGAAUUUUGGGCCCUUUAUUAGCAGAUGCUUUCCCCACAUUUCUGUUUGAAUUUUUAAUGCUCAAUCAUGCAUGCUCACCCUGCAAGGGUCCUCAUCAGAAGCUCAGAUAUAAUCAGAGGCUCUCCUCAGAAGCAGGCGGUGUCAGCUGUAUGCUCUAUAUACCACAGUUAGCAAGGUGGGUUGUAUCUGUGGCUCUACAGAUGAAAUGGUGGACGCCAGACCUUGGGGCCCUGUCCAUGUUCCAGAACAUUCCAGAACAGUUCCUUAACAGGAUGAGCCACACAGCAGCCCCAGGGGCCUCUAUGUUCAGGAACCGCAUAAAA